GCGCUCAUCGGGCUGCUGAAGGGCCAGCUCGACAGGCGUGGGCCAGAGCACCUCCACGGGCAGCCGGCCCAGGUGCCCGCUUGCCCGCCGUCAGGCCGCACCGGGCUGGAGCUCGGUCUCGCGCUGGCGCUCGGCUUGGUGCUGGGCCUUUGCGCGCGGGAGGCGCUGGCAAGCCUUCGAGCGUGGGCCCUCGUGCUCGUCUUCUACGAGCGAGAGGACAGCUUCUUGCUUGAGCUAGUCCUCUUGGGCCAUGUCACUCCCACCCGUCGGGCGGUGGUUACUCCUCAUUUUGACAUCUUCGAGGGGGACCUCACGGAGGCCAUGCACAUGUGCCUGGUUGGCCCGAUGGGAGGCCUUCCUACAAAGUUGUCUGGCCACCUCCUGCGCGCGGACAUGGACAAGUAUCAACGUAACGAGGCGGCGCUGCUCGAUGAAGGGCGCGCACUGGCUGAUGAGGUCCGCCGAGAGGGGGGACUGCCUGCUGAAGGCGCGGGGCUGCCACCGCUGUCCGCCCCCGACGGCGACGCGGAGCCUGCGAAGGCUCUCGGCGUUCGCGCUGACGCUGGCGAUGUUGUGCGCUGGAUGGUCCUGGAGCCCCGAGCUGGUUACCAUCGAGGUGACGAGCUUCUCGCUGGGACAGUCCCCCGCAGCACCGCCGGCGAUCGCGGGAUUGUGGAGCUCGCGGAUGGCACCAUGCUGGCGGUCGCGAAGUGGGGGACCUUCGAGGGGGCUAGCACCCGCCGAAAUGAGACGGCUGCUGAGGAGCAGGACCUCCGCACACUGCCCGUUCGUUACGACAGGGCAGGCACGAGGAUCAGGGACUUCGCGAACGCGGUCGAGCUCAUGUCCACCAGCCCGAUGCCAGACUGGCCAGCACUGGGCACUCGCACCACCGCGUGGCUCGCGCAGCAGUUCAAGAGGCUGGUCCAGACCCCCCUCCCGCGCCGCAUGUGGUGGGGGCAGACGCGCAACCUCACCGCAGCGGAUGCGGGGGUCGACGACCAUCAGUGCUUGUCUGAGCUCCUGGAGAUGGGCGCGACCAAAGAGCAGCUCAAUGAAAGAGAGCUCGGCGCGUCUACGCUAACAGGCUCCGUGAACAUGAGGCUGGUGCAGUCCGUGACUCGGGCGGAUCGCCCUGGCUUGGUGAACGUGGAAUAUUUCUUGGGCAAGAACGUGGCCGCGGAGGGUCCACGGUGUCUCCUGAGCUACAGACUUGGGUUUCGGUUCGCCUUCAAUCGGAGGCUGCUGUACUCAAAGAACUUCGCAAAGGUCGUGAAGGAAAGAUUCUUGCUC